UUCAACUCACUACUCACCAGACUUGAGCGCGCCCGCCUGCUCGUACGCAUCUAUACGAAAAGCAAACAGCAACACCCCAAUGCUCGCCUCGCUCUCCUUCCGCGGCGCCCGCGCGGCGCGCAGCCUGCCCCGCGCGACGACGCUCCUGCGCUUCCAGUCGACGGCGCAGACUCCCAACAUUGAUGUCGCAAAGCUCAAGGUCGAGACCACGGCCGCGCCCAAGCCCAAGCCCGAGGCCAAGAGCCUCAAGUUCGGCCACUCGUUCACCGACCACAUGCUCACCAUCCCUUGGAACGAGAAGACUGGCUGGGGCGCGCCCGAGAUCAAGCCUUACCAGAACCUGUCCCUCGACCCCUCGUCCACCGUCUUCCACUACGCCUUCACCCUCUUCGAGGGCACAAAGGCGUACCGCGCUCCCGACGGCACCGUGCGCCUCUUCCGCCCCGACAAGAACAUGGAGCGCAUGAAGCGCUCGGCCGCGCGCAUCGCCCUGCCCGACUUUGACGGCGAGGCGCUCACCGAGCUCAUCAAGAAGCUGGUGCAGAUUGACGCGGACUGGAUCCCCGAGGAGAAGGGCUACUCGAUGUACCUUCGCCCCACCCUCAUGGGCACGCAGGCGGCCCUCGGCGUCGGCCCCUCGUCCGACGCGCUCCUCUUCGUCAUCGCCUCGCCCGUCGGCCCGUACUACCCCCAGGGCUUCAAGCCCGUGCAGCUGUACGCCACGACCGAGUUUGUGCGUGCCGCGCCCGGCGGCACUGGCGGCUACAAGCUUGGCUCGAACUACGCCCCCGGCGUCGUCCCCCAGGUCGCGGCCGCCAAGCACGGCUACUCGCAGAACCUGUGGCUCCUUGGCCCCGAGCACGCGCUCACCGAGGUCGGCACCAUGAACCUGUUUGUUGCUCUGCGCAAGCCCGACGGAACCGUCGAGCUCAUCACGCCCCCUCUCGACGACGUCAUUCUCCCCGGUGUCACGCGCGACUCGAUCCUCCAGCUCGCGCGGGAUCACGCCUCGGGCAAGAACAAGGUCGCCGGCCUGCCCGACAAGUUUGAGGUCAGCGAGCGCAAGCUCGUGAUGAAGGACCUCGUCGACGCCGAGAAGAAUGGCUCCCUCGUCGAGGUGUUUGGCGCCGGCACCGCGGCGGUUAUCUCGGCCGUCGACAAGAUCGGCUACCAGGGCCGCGACAUUGAGAUCCCUUGCGGCCCGCCCGGCCAGGGCAUGGGCGAGAUCGCCAAGGGCUUCCUCGACCGCAUGGCCGCCAUUCAGAACGGCGAGAUCGAGCACCCAUGGUCGAUUGUCGCCGGCGAGGCCAAGCCCUACGCUUGAGCUUGAGCGCGCGCGCGACUGGUAAAUGUAGACUACUUUAGGAUUUUACACGUCCGUUCGUUCUGUUGUCGGGCUCGCAGUCGAGCUUUAUGCAUCUGGGUAUCUAUUUCA